AUGAACCGCUUCAGCCCACCCGUGCUCUUGAACCUUGCAAUCCGAGGCCUGCAGUGGGAUGAGACCUUGGCAGUGGCAGCUGUGAAAUUCUUGCCCAAGGAACUCUUCGGCCCCUUGUUCUCAGAGGCCAUGGCUGGGAGACACAGCCAUACAGUGAAGGCUAUGAUGAGGGCCUGGCCCUUUCCCUGGCUUCACCUGGGGUAUUUCUUGGACACUUUGCACCCCCACCACGACAUCCUAAAGAUAGCAUUGGAUGGGCUGGAUCUCCUGCUCACCCCGAAUGUUCGCCAUAGAAGAUGCAAACUCAGAGUGCUGGACUUACGUCAGGACAUUGCAACCAACAUUGGGGAGAGGGUCAACGAGAGAAAAGGCCUGCCUCGCCUGUGCUGUAGGAAGUUGGUGUUUCCUGGAGUCCUACCCCAAAAGGAAGUGAUUGACAAGAUCCUGAGGAUGGUACAACUGGAGGAUGUUCAGGAGGUGAGUGUGGAUUGCAGCUGGGACCUUCAGGACCUGACCUGGUUUGCUCCUCACCUGGGCCGGAUGCUGAAUCUGAGCAGACUCUGUCUCUCCGGAAUUGCUGUAAAUUGCAGGUCCUCUGGGAAGGAAGAAGAGGUGGGGAAGCUAGCUGACCAGUUCUCCACUCUAUUCCUCAACCUGCCCCAGCUACAGCACCUCCACCUGGAGUGUGUCCUUUUCCUUAACGGCUACCUGCCCCAGCUGUUUAGCUGCAUGCAGACCCCCUUGGCAACCCUCAAGAUCACUGAUUGCUUUCUUCUGGAAUCAGACAUGGCAUGGCUGUCCUUCUGCCCCAGCACCCAACAUCUCAAGUGUCUGGAUUUGAGUGGUGUGCCCAUGAAGAGCUUCAAUCCUAAGCUCCUCUCAGCUCUGCUAGAGACAGCCUCUUCUACACUGGAACGUCUGAACUUGGGUGGAUGUGAGAUCAGAAAUUCUCACAUUACCAGAUUGCUGUCUGCCCUGGGACAGUGCUCUCAGCUCACCGACUUCACGUUGUAUGGAAACCAUGUCUCCAUGGUUGUCCUGGAGCACUUGUUGAGAUACACAGCCCAGUGCUGCAAGUUUCGACGCCUAGAGCUUCCUGUCCCUCUGGAUUGCUACUUGGGCAACCCGGGAUCCCUCCAUCGGCCGACCCUUCAAUGGUACAUUACCAAGCUGGGCCAGAUGCUCCAGUACUUACUGCUGCCUAGCUGGGUAUGGUUCGGCCAUAGCUCCCAGGACCCCAUCAAAGGAUAUGAUACUAUUUUCAUCCAAUUUGUGAGUUCUGAUUUCCAACCUAACCUCUGUCUCUAG